GCCAGACGUAGUAACAAGAUCGUGGAUAAAAGACAGUUGGGGAAAUAAGUAAAAACAAGGACAAUGGAUAAAUAGGUUUUACUUAAAAAUAAAUGUUUUAUUUUGCUAAAAUAAAAAAAGACCAUAAUAUGAUCACAAAGCAGAAAACUAACGUCUGCUGAAUGUGGAGUGCGUAGUUAAUUAUCCGUUUUGACUUUUGAUUAUUACACUAAUUAACAAUAGACUUUUGCGUUGAUAGCUAUUUUUGUGGUACUAUUAAUUAUUUCGUGAAAGAAUCGUCCAUUAUAGUUUUCAUAAAAUGAGUAACACAUGUAUUGUCUAGAGCUCUUUCGACUUUUGAAACUUAAAAAUGUCAUUUUUCUUGGGCAAUGCCAUUGAAGGAUAUGUACAAACAUCAUUUACUUGAAAAAGUUAACUAUAAAAAUGAAGUUGAUGCUGUUAAUAUUUUCAAUAAAAUAAAAGUUGAUUUUAAUAUACACUCUGUUCAAAAAGUAAACAAUCCACAACUCUUUGGCAUGUAUUUAUUACAUAAAGAGGAGUUAGAAGCGAAUGAUAAAAAUAAAGUGAAAGAACACAUAAUGUAUCACGCAACAUCUAAGUACAAUGUUCAGAGUAUAAUUAAAAACAAUAUUGAUUGGCGCUAUACAACACGAUCACGUUUUGGGAGAGGAGCAUGUUUUUCACCAGAUCCGUAUUAUGCACACUCACAUGCGUCAAGUAUAGGAGUUUUUGUUAUAUUUAAAGUGGUUACCAAAAAUUUUGAAACAACUAGUGUAAAUUAUGGUUUAAAAGUGCCUUACAAUAUACAUACAGAUACGACUGUUGAUCAACAAAUGAAUGUUUAUGUCAAGUAUAAUGACAAUGAGUUUUAUCCGAUUUACGUGGUUCACUAUUCAGAGAAAUUUGAGGAAUAUCAAGAUCUAUUUUAUUGUCACAAUUAUUAUGAUUAUUUUAAUCAACUUUAAAUAUAAACAUUAUAAAAGCAUUUU